CUAAAGAGUUAUCCAAAACUAAAUUUUCCCUACAGAUAAGUCAAGAUAAAUGUGUUUUGAAUAAUGAGCUUGAACUGAUGAAAGAAACAUUGCAACCCAAAAAGAUAAAAUAUCAGGAACUCAAGAAUUCACAUGAUGAAGAGUACAGGAUGCUGGAAGAAUCCCACAGGAGACUUAAUGAAACAUUCAAUUAUCUUAAACAGCGUUCAAAAAAAUUGCAACGUGACUGGGAAUCUCAAUUGUUGGAAGAGCAAGCUAUAAAUUCUGACUUAUCAUCAAAGGUUGCACAAAAACAGCAGAUGAUACUUAUGUUACAGGGUGAACUUUCAUCAUUGGAAGUUGAGUUUGAGGACUGCAAAGCAGAACGUGAUAAAAUGGUCAGUGAGCAUAACAUAGAAAAGGCUGCAUUGCUGUGUGAAUAUAGCAAAAAUAUUGAAAAGCUUGAAAAACAGAUAGAACAGAUAGAAAGCAGGCAUUCUGUAGAAAAGCUUGCUCUUGAGGAACAGCUUAGAAACUUGGAGACAGAUUGCACAGAAUAUAAGAUGGCAAAAACUAGUUUUGAAGCUGUGCUGAGUGCCAAGGAAAUGGAAGUCUCAGAGUUGAUUGCAGAGUGUGAAAUCCAGAAAGCAGAGUAUGCUGACAUGAAACUGAAACAUGAUAAAGAUUUUAAGAUCUUAUUAGAGCGAUUAGAAACUGCAUCACAAGAGCAAGAUGCAAACAUUCAAGAACUCCAGAUGCGAUUGCAGGCAAGUGAAAAAGAACUCUUACAAACCCAAAGUUCUUUGGAGCAGCAGGAAAAGUCCUACAAAGAACGCAUAUCCGAGCUAGAGGAUGCACUGAAAAAGAAACUUGAAGCAGAAACAAAAAAUAAGAUUGAUAAAUGUAAACUUGCUGAGCUUGAAAACACUGCGGUGGAAUUGAGAUUGAAGUUGACGACUGCAGAGGACCAAUUUAACAGGCAGUUGCAAGAAUAUGAAGAAAGAGCUCUACGUGCAGAGAGACAGUGUUGUCAGCUAGAAGCUCUAGUGGGACCAUUCAGAAAGCAGUUGGAGAGCUUUCUGACAGAACGAAGAGAAAUUCUAAGAGGAAAGGCCGAAACAGAGGACGAGCUGCGAAAUCUAGCUCUGAAAUUUGGUCAUCAGAAUCGCAAACAGAAAGUAAAAUAUGUUGUUCAGUUACAAGAGAAGAAUAUGGAACUUCGUGAGGAAGUGGAAAAACUGAGAUCACAGGCUCGUGCUCAGAAGGCUACAGUGGACAAAUUGAAGUCUGAAUUGACAGCCUCAGCCCGUAAAGAAGUGGGUACUACUACUGCAGCCAGGCAAAUUCUUAAGAAUAGGGAUAACAGUCCCGGGAAGAAACCUCCAAAGGGAAAAGAUGGUGGUGCACGGCAUGUACCAGUGGGAAAAGAGAACAGCCCCAUUCAUACUAACUUCGUAUGUAGUCUAGAAAAUAGUCCAUCAGACAUGUUACCUGUUGCAAUGUCUACACCGAAAGCAUUCGUUGACAGAGGAAAUAAUGCCUGA